AUGUCGUAUACCCGCAAAGUCCUUGUCACGCCUGCUUACGCUCGUUCAUACCCCGCUCGUUUAUGCCUCAUAUCCGCGCCCCGCUCCUCGCUUUUGCUCAGAGUCAGUUCCGCGCCCCCGAGGCGUGUCGCGUACGUGUAUCCCGCUGCCGACGGAUGGACUGACUGCUAG